AUGCCGCGUUCGCUGGACGAAGACCCGCUAACUUUGGCAAUAGCACCUCCUCCCGACGAGACAUAUGAGCAGCGUGUGAUAAGAGAGGCUGCUGAGGCAGAGGCGAAGAGAAUCAGCGAUGAGAUCGACGAACAAAUACGAAAGGAGCGGGAGGCAGAGAAAAAGAAGAAAAAACCCGUCAAGCUGUUGUUGCUCGGACAAAGCGAGAGCGGCAAAACUGCCACACUCAAAAAUUUUCAACUCACAUACGCUCGAAAAGAGUGGUAUGAGGAACGGGCGGCUUGGAGAGCUGUUAUUUUUCUCAAUCUUGUCCGGAAUGUGAACGUUAUCAUGGGCCACCUGUCAAGCGAGAUGGACGACCUGCCAUACUUUCCUGAUGACUCUUCUGAGGAUAUCACCAUGGUUCCACGUCCACCUCGUGCGUUGGCUCGUCUGAAGUUCACGGAGAAGCACAAGAGAUUCAGGGUACGGUUGGAGCGGUUGAUCAGUGUGCAGCAUGUGUUGGAGAGUAGGUUAGGUGCCGCCAGUCUCGAGUUGAAAUCUGCUUCCGUCAACUCCGCUGCACCCUUUGAGCCACCGGCACCAUCAAACCGACGAGCUCUUCAGGAAUUCUCUAUCAACUCUUCUAACGGAUGGAAAUCUGCCUUGGACCGGUUCAGAACACUACGACAUACACCCUCACGGCAAGAAAACGGCAGUGGGAGCGGCAACGGAAAUGGGAAUGGAAACGGAACUGGCAGCAGCAAUGGCAACUCUAGUCCUGUCAGCACUACCUCUAAGCACAACGGGAAACCUAAGAACGAAGAGGAGGACAUCGUCGAUAUCAUUGCUUCAUGUCGUGACGAUAUCAAGGCUCUCUGGGAUGAUGACAUCGUGAGAGAGACGCUCAGCAGACGCAAGGUCCGCUUGGAGGAUGCUCCUGGCUUUUUUAUCACGGAUGCUGAGCGCAUUGCCAAUCGUGAUUAUCAACCGACGGACGACGAUGUGAUUCGCGCCCGUCUACGGACUCUUGGUGUUCAAGAGUACAGAUUUAUUUUCGACCAUGUAUCUCCUUUCGACGAAAAAUUAGCCGAAGAUCGUCGAGUAAACAGACUGGAGGACAGCUAUCUCCUUUGGCGCAUUCUCCAUGCUUACCCACUUAACCCACCCGCCUCUUUUGCAUUCUUUUCACAUGAACCAUACGUUCGUUCUCGUCGACGUGCAGUCCUGAACAAGUGCGAUUUGCUACAAGCCAAGCUACAACGCGGAGUCCGUAUCCGAGAUUCGGUACCGAGUUUUGGGGAUCGAAAGAAUGACCUUCAAACAGCUACACGGUAUUUCCAACAACACUUCAAAGAAAUAUCACGGAACCAUUCACCUGUCCAGCGGCCAUUCUACGUGCAUUUGACAUCCGUAAUAGAUACGCGAUCGACGGCGGUUACUCUAGGGGCUGUUGAGGAGUCCAUUCUCCGGGAACACCUACGGCGCGCCGACCUAAUGUAG